UCUGAGCAUCGUUCGCUUGAAACAUGGCAGCCCUCAACAUGGCAGCCCUCGGCGGUGCCGGUGCCGGCGCUUCGGGGUCCAUGCCAAUGCCUCCGAUCGAUGCUUCAAAGUUUCCACUUCCGUUGCCGGAAUGGCUCGUGGGAAAUCCGCUUUUCACAGCAGGCUUCGGCUUGGGCGCAAUGGGUGCAGCCAUGAGCCUUUUGUCCCGGGGGGCAGCUGUGGCAGAGGUGGUCUUUCGACGUCAGGUUCUGAUGUCCUUGGAGAUACCCUCCAAAGACUAUGCGUACCAAUGGGUCAUGCAAUGGAUGGUAGCCAAUCGGAUUCAUGGCUCACGCCAUUUGGGUGUGGAAACCACCUACAGCAAGGACGCAGCGGGAAGACAAACCGCAGCUUUCGACUUCAUUCCCAGUCCUGGCCGACACUGGGUCAGGUGGCGGGGGAACUUCAUCUUGGUCGACCGAGCCCGAGAGACCAAAACCGUGGACAUGUCCACCGGAGCUCCAUGGGAGACGCUGACGCUGACAGCCUUGUCGAUUCGACCCAACGUCUUCCAAGACAUCCUGGCGGAGGCGAAACAGGCAGCUCUUGAACGGGAAGAGGGCAUGACAAUCAUCUACCAGUGUUACGGGCACGAAUGGAGGCCCUUUGGAAAUCCAAAGAGAAUCAGGCCCUUCGAUUCCGUGGUUCUGGAUUCAGGAGUUUCAAAUCAUGUAUUUGAUGACAUCCAGGAUUUUCUACAGAGCCAUAAAUGGUACUUGGACAGAGGUAUCCCAUAUCGACGAGGCUACCUUUUGCACGGCCCACCUGGCUGUGGGAAGUCUUCCUUUGUCUCAGCGCUUGCUGGUCGUUUGGGCUACAACAUUUGUGUGCUCAACUUGGGUGACCCAAGUAUGACCGAUGACCGACUUGCACAUAUGCUCGCUGUGGUGCCACCACGAUGUUUGGUGCUUUUGGAGGAUGUGGACUUUGCCGUGGGGCAGCAAACCCCCGCAGAUCCCUCUGGGCCAUAUGCAGGAGUCACUCGUGUGAGCUUCAGCGGCCUCUUGAAUGCCUUGGAUGGCGUCAUCGCCACUGAGGAGAGAGUGGUCUUCAUGACUACGAACCACUUCCAUGCACUGCCUAGGGCACUGGUAAGACCUGGGCGAGUUGAUCUGUCGAUAUACAUCGGCUUGGCCUCCAGGUCACAGCUGAAAAUGAUGUACUUGCGGUUUUUCCCUGGUCAAGAGGAUCUGUCGGAAACCUUUGCCACUGUUUGCGAGGACGAGGGACUAAGUAUGGCAGAGCUGCAAGGCUACUUCAUGUUCUUCAAAAACAAACCAGAGGAGGCUGUGGCCAAUAUCAAAGAGUGGCUGGACGAGAGACGCAAGGUUCACGAGGAGCAGCUUCAAAAGUUGCGCGAGGACCGCUGUUUGAUUGUUCAGUGACGACAUGCAAAAACAUGUCUUUUGAGUUCAUUUCCUUUUCUUCUUGAGGCCUUCUGUAAAGCUUUCCAUUUGUCCGACUUUGUCUUCUUUGCCUUUAUAGCAACACCUUCUGCUAUGCAUUUGCUUGGUUGCCAAGGCAGAGGCUGCAAAAAGUGGAAAGGCACAGUUUGAGCACAGUUGGAAGAUGGAAGCGUGUCGAAGACAGUGCUAGGAAAACAUGUGGGAGUGGGGAGUGCGAGAUGGGGAAUGUCCAGGCCAAUGAUGCGGAGUGAUGCGGAGUGAAGCGCAAAAAGUGUGCCUGUUAGUAACAAGGUUCGCUACUAGGGGCUCCUGGCCUUACUACUAGGAGCAAGGACGCUACUAGUAGCAAGAAGCUACGUAUUAUUCUUUGCCCAGAGCAGUGCAACAAUGAAUCAAGGGAGCAAAGCAGUAGCCCUUGCCUUCAUUCUACCAGACCUUUGUUCACCGUGAGCCUUGAGCUUGCUCAACUUCAUGAUGGAAGCUACUAGUAGCUCCUGGC